GACAGGGGACAAGGGGCCCCCCCGCAGUGCCCCCUCGGCCCCGCAGUGUUUGCCCAGCCCGGGGGGGCGGGGGCUGCGGGGGGAUAAAAACGGGGCCCAGGGGCGACCCCCGGACUGAACCCGCACCUGAACAGCCAUGAGAGCCCCCCUGGUCGCCGCCGCCCUGCUCCUGCUCUGUGCCCACCUCGGGGCCUGCCUGGUGCGCCGGGACGCCCCCGAGACCCCCGAGGAGGCCACCCCCGAGGCCACCCCCGACUUCUUCAGCCGCCACUUCCAGACCCUGAGCGACUUCUUCACCCAGGAGCUGCCCCAGAAGCUGCAGGCGGAGCAGCUGCGCAGCCAGGCCGAGCAGUACCUGGACAGGGCCAACAAGCAGCUGGCACCGUUGGCACAGGAGCUGAAGAGCAACGUCCUGGGGCUCUUCUCGUCCCUGCUGGACCUGGGCAAGAGCGAGGGGCAGCCCUGAGGGCUGAGACCACCAGGGACGGACCCCCAGGGACAUCCCUGAGCCUGCUGUGGGACCCCCAACAAAACCCUGAGCUCAUAAAUGGUCCCCUCAAAAACAUCCCUGAGCCCUUCGGGCAACGGACCCCCAAUAAAACCCUGAG